CAAGGCAAGCAGUUGAACAAGGCUGUGUGUUGGACACUGCUGCCUCACUUGAAGAGUCAGUGUGUUUGAGUGAGAACGCAACGACUUCCUCAGCACCGGAGUGCAGCGAAUCCUGCGACCUUUUACACUGCACUCCAUUCUGGGGUUUUUCCGUGAAGAAGCCAUGAAGACACCACUUUGGGUCCUGCUGUUGUUGAGUUUGUGUGUCCCUAGUCGUAGCGAAUGCCAGGGAGAUUGUUUAACCUGCGCACUUCUCCUGCCUCCACAGCAAACUUUCAACACCCUUGUGUGUUUGCUGGAAUGUGAGGCCCAGACGUUCCCAGCUCAUACCUGGGAUCUCUGCUACCAAGUGGUGAGUCUAAACCCAGCCGCAUUGCCUACACAUGAUUUAUUGAAGCGUACAGAAGACGAAGAAAAGCCUCUGGCCGUAGUGAAGAUGGAGGACGAGGGCGUGGAAUACUCAGAAGCUUUGGAGCGAUUCCGCCACAUGGCUCAGGUGCUCAGCAGUCACGAACCCUCCGGGGAGGCACAAAAAUCGGAUCAGUUUGGGGAAACCUACGACCUGGGGCUCGACUCCGGUAUGGAGGACGAGGAGGAGCAAGACAGAGUUGACAAGGGGGAAGAGCAGGACCAAGAUGGGGAUACCGCCAUCAAUCUGUCCAAACGCUUUGGUGGCUUUAUGAAAGGCCGCCACGGCUUCCGUAAGCUGGUGAGCUCUGGGAGACCCCUGCAGAAGCGCUACGGUGGCUUCAUCGGGAUCCGUAAGUCAGCCCGCAAAUGGAACAACCAGAAGCGGGUGAGCCAGCUGUUGAGGCAGUACCUGAGUCUCACCGCACGCACGGGCCGCUCGGGCCGUUUCGCCAACCUGUCUGCAGCUGCAGUUCGACAAAAGAAUGAGGUUUAACCACCCUCCAGCAGGUGCUGAUCUCUCCUCUAACCUCCAUCAUGUACCACAUCCAAGAUGAGCUAAAAGAUAUUAAGAAAAUUGCAUCCAACAAGGAAUGUUUUCUUUUCUUUUGUUUGUUUGUUUGGUUGUUUCCACGAGCUCAUUGUGCUCAUUAAUUCAGUAAUCAACAGGCUGUUGGUUUGGAAUUUCAGCCGCUGGCUGAGUUUUAACCUUGGCAGAAAUAAAAGCGAUGCACUGAAACUUACAUUGAGCAUGUCCAUCAGUAUCAUCUCUGGAUGUAGGAGGAAUCGCAGAGAACUGUGGUCGUUUGUCUGUCCUCUGAAGAGUUGAAUGUCAUGAAUGGAAAAGCACUUUAUCUAUUUUAUCAUCCUGUCUUGCACACUGUUGAUCACACUCAAUAAGGGUUAAUUGCAAACAAGGAAUGACUCAAGAUGUUUUUUUUUUUUCUAGGCUAUUUUUUUUAAUCCUAUUUUUGAUUUAAGUCUCAUUACUACUCACCAAGAACUUUUGAUUUGCUUGCUGAAAUCAAAAUGAGUCAUUAUCAUCAGAUAUGGUGCACCACACAUGCAUCAUGUGAACUAAAUUCCCCAGAAAUAAAUGUUUCUAUCAUCAAAUUGUACAUGUUAACGGGUUAUAAUAAAACUUACUAACAUAUAC